ACUCGCAGGGUUUCCAGCUUCUCCGUGUUCUCAGUCGGUUGCAAGGAUUAGGUGAUAUCACGGUUAGGCUAGCGCUAGUCUCGCUUGUCGAGAGUGAUCUGUGAGACGACUGGCUCACGAAUCUUGCAAACCCAUUUUCGUCCAGUUACGGAGUUCGUUUAGUUUAGGCUGUUGACUGUUGUCUUCCCACUGGAUUUGUAGAGUUUUGUUGGUUCUCGUUCGACUGUUGCUGCUGUCCGCAAACAUGUCAACGGCGAGAAACAACGUUGGCUUUGCCAACUUGCCGAACCAGGUCUUUAGGAAAUCGGUGCAGCGAGGAUUUGAGUUUAGCCUCAUGGUUGUCGGUCAAUCGGGCUUAGGGAAGUCGACCCUUCUGAACUCGCUUUUCCUAGCGGACAUCUACACGAACGCGGAUUAUCCGGUCGGAGAACAGCCGCGAUUCCCCAGCACGACCAAGAUUCAGACAUCAACGGUGGUGUUAGUAGAAGGCGGUGUGCAACUGAAAUUAGCUCUCGUAGAUACGCCUGGCUUUGGUUGCCAAGUAGAUAACUCAAAUUGCUGGCAGCCCAUAGUGCAGCACAUUGAUGAUCAAUUCGAGGACUACUUGAAUGCAGAGUCGCAGAUAGAGCGCGUCAAGCUACCCGAUACGCGUGUCCACUGUUGCCUGUACUUCAUCGCACCAACUGGCCAUGGGUUGAAGCCGUUGGAUAUUGAGUGCAUGAGACAGCUGCACACACGGGUCAACAUCGUGCCCGUCAUUGCCAAGGCCGACACAAUGACACCAGAAGAGUGCGAGGACUUCAAGAAGAAGGUGAUGGAUGACAUUCAUGCAAAUGAUAUUCAAGUGCAUGACUUUCCCGACUUUGGAGAUGAUGAAGAAGAGGCGCAGUUCAAUCAGCAAAUGAAGGAUCGACUGCCGUUUGCAAUUGUCGGUAGUAGCUCCCUGUUGUCCGUCGAGUCCAGGAAAGUCCGCGGACGAAAAUACCCGUGGGGUGUUGCUGAGGUGGAGAACCUAGAGCAUUGCGACUUCAGUGCCCUCCGUGCCAUGAUCAUAAGAACGCACAUGCAGGACCUGAAGGAGGUGACGCAUCGCAAGCACUACGAGACCUACAGAUACUCAAAGCUGGCAUCGACAGCAUCCACGUCCAGCAAGGGUGUUGCUGGAGAGCAGAAUCCAUUAUCUCAGCUAGAAGAGGAGAAGAAAGAGCACACUAAGAAGAUGAAGAUGAUGCAGAGCGAAAUGGAGACAGUGUUUGAGAUGAAGGUCAACGAGAAGAAGCACAAGCUGAAGGACAUGGAGGCAGAUUUGGAGCGCCGAAAAGAAGCCAUGGGAACCAAGCUGCAGAAGGAGGAGCAAGAGCUGGAUGAACGACAGGAGCAGCUAGAAGCCGACCGGGCUGAAUUCGAAGCACAGCAGCGAAAAUACGAGCUGGACGAAGCACAGAGGAACCUUGCAAAGGGGAAGGAGAAGGGAGGCAAAGGAAAGAAGUCUAAGUUCUAGCCUGCUUGCUGCCAUGGACACUGUUCCCAUGGUCACCACUGUAACACCAUCUACCCAUGUCGUGGACGGCAACAGUGUGACCGCAGCUGGCCCUGAUUUCAACAAUGUCCGGUAGCGGCUAUGACGGUAAAUGCUCGAACCGGUUUGAAACGCUCACUAUGCCCGCACCGACUGAGCGGACUGCAGCAGAUUGUUUAUUCCAGCAGCCAACCGGACUGUACGUGUCUAAAUGUGUUGUCUGCUUUCAUCCUGCUGGCCGUUUGUUGUUGUUGUUUUAUUGUUGUUGUUGUUUUAUUGUUGUUGUUGUUUUAUUGUUGUAGUUGUUUUGUUGUUGUUGUUUUGUUGUUGUUGUUGUUGUUGUUGUUGUUGUUGUUGUUGUUGUUGUUGUUGUUGUUGUUGUUGUUGUUGUUGUUGUUGUUGUUGUUGUUGUUGUUGUUGUUGUUGUUGUUGUUGUUGUUGUUGUUGUUGUUGUUGUUGUUGUUGUUGUUGUUGUUGUUGUUGUUGUUGUUGUUGUUGUUGUUGUUGUUGUUGUAUAGUGUUGGAUAGACUAGGGCUUGCAAAGCACACCUGCAUUCUACUAGUUUGUUGCGUGCCAGGUGCUACGCAUGUUUAUAUCCGUUGUUCUCUUGUUUCCUAUGACCACUGUUGUGCGGAAUCCUGCGCACCUAUGCCCCUACCCUAGGUGUGCUCCUGUCACAUACCAUAGGAGUGCACGUUCACCGUGAAGUCAAUCUGGUGCAUGCAGCACCCUCCUAUGACAUUUAGGCCGCCCAGAAAUUGCAGAGUGCAAGUCUGCGCCGCCUCCCGGUCAGCACGAUGUCACAGAGCACACAGUAUGCACAUUAUUCUAUAUUGUAGAGAUAGCGCACCUCACAAAGUGCAGGAACAUCACCAUGUAGUACUGUAGCAGGCAUGUUCCACACACAUCUUCUAUUACUCGACUUUCAACAAGCAAAUCACAGGACUUAGUUUAUACAGAGUACUGUACUGGGCUUCUCGUGUGCACAGCCGCCAUGCUUGACCUUUUUUUCUUUUUACUUCAAAGUUCAAAUUAGUUUUUUUUUUCAAGUUUAGGUUUUCAAGAGACUGUAUGCGAUGACGAGAUUGUGCCAUCUAGGAUUAGUACGGCUGGAUUACCAGAUUACUGCUUUACGGUGAGAGUUUAGCUUUCUGCACUGUUUACGUAUUGCCAGCAGGCACAUAGGCCUGUGAUUAUUACCAUGACCCACACUGACCAGCAGUAUAUUAGCCCACGUGAGAACUGUA